CCACCCACCCCACCCUCACUAUGGUGUCUGUAUCUGCACUCACCGCGGCUCUGGUGCUUGCGGUGGUUGUGGCCCAAGCACAUGGACAAUGCCCGUCAAACACAACGGCGAGCAACGUGGCCGGCAAGAGUGUGACGAAUCUCUGCAUGCAAUCGUUUACUGAUGCGAACAUUGUCAUCGACUCGACGUUGUCGACGACAGUGAGUGGGAAGCUGGUGGUGGCGGCGACGACGACGCUUGAUGUGAGGACUGUUCUCAACUUGGACGACUUGGAAGUCCGUGGUGCGCUCACCGUCAAGGAUGGCACUGUCUCCACCUCGGAUCUGGAUCUUACCGUUGGCUCCAUCCUCACUUUCCGUGUCGGCGACUCGGUCCCGGCCAUCACCAUCCGCUCAAGCGGUAACGUGACUGCUGCUGGCUCGCUUGUUGUCGCCAUUCCUGCUGCAUACACCUUUGACGUUGGAACACGCGUUGUGCUCUUUUCCGGCUUCUCUGCCUUUAACGGCCAGUUUACCACCAUCACGCUCCAGGACGAGGCCGCCACGGCCAGGGACUCCUCGUCGUGCGCCUCGUUCACCGCCGCCGACGUCGACGGCUCGGGUGCCAUCGAUGAGGCCGAGUUUGCAGCCUGGUCGUCGUCGCUGGCUGCGCGGCGGUGCAUGGGAACCGCCAGUGGGAGCGCCACCCGCGGCACCACCCGGCGGCUGCUUGGCGGCUCGGCGCGUCGGGCCACGCUCGACUGCACCACAACUGCCGGCGAAUGCGCGAUUGUCGGCGUGGCAGCGGCCGCUAGCGGCUGCCCAGCCUGCCCCAAGUGCACCGACAACGCCGGGCUUGCUGCCGGCGCAACCGUCGGCGUCUUUAUCGGCGUGGUCAUUGUCGUCAUUGUCGCCCUCCUCCUCCUCGCUUGCCUCAAGCGCCGCCGCCGCCGCCGUGCUGCCCGUCUCGCUGCUGAGGAUGCUGCCGCUGCCGUCCGCGCCCGCCAGGAGGCCGAAGCCGCCGCCAAGCGCGAGGCCAAGGCCUCCAAGUCCAAGACCUUUGAGCAAAUUGCCCAUCAGAAUGUCGAGGGCGUUGUGCCCGGAGCCAAGGCCCCAGUCCUGGUCGAAGACUCGGACAAAGAGUCGAACUCGCGUGGCUCGUCCUCCGACUACUCGUACUCGUACUCGUCGUGAGCAAAAGGUAAAGCAAGCGGGUACCAUCAUCCCA